UUUUACAAAUUCGAUCGCCCACCCAGCAAACGUUAAGCUUUGUCCUUUCAAGGAUCAGUCAGUCAGUAACAUUCAAGCUUUCGUCGAAUCGAAGUGAAAAAAUGGCACCAAAGCUCUACAUCAUGCAGCUGAGUCCUCCCUGCAGGGCUGUGCUGAUGGUGGCCAAGGCCAUCGGUCUUGAACUUGACAUCGAGGAGGUCGAGCGCGAGGCCCUAAAGACGCCCGAGAUGCUGGAGCUCAACCCCCAGCACACCGUGCCUAUUCUCGUGGACGGCGAUUUCGUCGUCUGGGACAGUCAUGCGAUCGCUGGGUAUCUGGUAGGUCAGUACGCCGAGGACGACACCCUUUAUCCCAAGGACGAUAUCCGCAAACGGGCGAUUAUUGAUCAGAGGCUGCACUUCGAAAACGGGGUGCUCUACGAGAGAUGUCGCGCAGUUGCCCAAAUUCUUUUUUCUGGUAUUGGCGACAUCUCGGAAGACGACCGCGACAAACUGCUUGAAGCUUACGGCUUCCUGGAGGAGUUCCUCAACGGCCACCCUUGGCUCGCUGGCGACGAAAUGACAGUGGCUGACCUCAGCGUCCUUGCGACUUUAGCCUCAGCCGACCUCUUUAUCCCUGUGGAUUCAGAUCGCUUUCCCCAACUCUCCGACUGGUUAAAAACCGGAAAAGAGCUGCCUUACUUCGACGAAUGCAAUGCCGAAGGCUUGGCAAAGUUCAAGGAGAUGCUCCCAACUCCCGAAUCGUAAUUCUGUCACGAUGGUUAGUCACAAUAAACCGAUAUUUCAAUAAUCAACAGCA